UCCCGCCCGCAUCCCUGCCCAGCCCUGCGCGCCGCCGCCCCGCCAUCCACCGCUUUGCAGGAGGUUCGGGGCACUUGGGUCCCCCUGUCUGGCCCUGCAUCGCCUUCUCCUGCCCUGACCGACGAGUCGCCAUGGCACAGGCUCUCAAAGGCACUGUGACUGACUUCCCUGGCUUUGAUGAGCCGGCUGAUGCAGAAACUCUUCGGAAGGCCAUGAAAGGCCUGGGCACCGAUGAGGAGAGCAUCCUGACUCUGUUGACAUCCCGAAGUAACACUCAGCGCCAGGAAAUUGCUGCGGCUUUUAAAACUCUGUUUGGCAGGGAUCUUCUGGAUGACCUGAAAUCAGAACUGACUGGAAAGUUUGAGAAAUUAAUUGUGGCUCUGAUGAAACCCUCUCGGCUGUAUGACGCCUAUGAACUGAAGCAUGCUCUUAAGGGAGCUGGGACAAAUGAAAAAGUACUUACAGAAAUUAUUGCUUCAAGGACACCUGAAGAACUAAGAGCCAUAAAACAAGUUUAUGAAGACGAAUAUGGCUCAAUCCUGGAAGAUGAUGUGGUGGGGGAUACUUCAGGGUACUACCAGAGGAUGUUGGUGGUUCUCCUUCAGGCUAAUAGAGACCCUGAUGCUAGAAUUGAUGAAGCUCAAGUUGAACAAGAUGCUCAGGCUUUGUUUCAGGCUGGUGAACUUAAAUGGGGGACAGACGAAGAAAAGUUUAUCACCAUCUUUGGAACACGAAGUGUGUCUCAUUUGAGAAGGGUGUUUGACAAGUACAUGACUAUGUCAGGAUUUCAAAUUGAGGAAACCAUUGACCGGGAGACUUCUGGCAAUUUGGAGCAGCUACUCUUUGCUGUUGUGAAAUCUAUUCGAAGUAUACCUGCCUACCUUGCAGAGACCCUCUACUAUGCUAUGAAGGGAGCUGGGACAGAUGAUCAUACACUCAUCAGAGUCAUGGUGUCCAGGAGUGAGAUUGAUCUGUUUAACAUUAGGAAGGAGUUCAGGAAGAAUUUUGCCACCUCUCUUUAUUCCAUGAUUAAGAGUGAUACAUCUGGGGACUAUAAGAAAGCCCUCUUGCUGCUCUGUGGAGGAGACGACGAUUAAUGGCCGUCUGGAGAGAGACCCCUGCUCCGUGCCCGCCAGAGCUGCCACUACCUUCCUUCAGCACAUCUAGCUGCACUUUUUAUAUGCCAGUGCUCGACACAUUGCCUUAUUCAUAUGAGCAUGCUAGUGACCAAACAUAUGUGUCAUAG